GAGAGAGAGAUCCACCCCACCCACAUCCAUCCGAGUCCAAUGUGAGGGGGAGGUGAAACAGUUGAGCGCUCACUGUGCUAUUAACUGGCAUUAUUUAGUUACCUCAGUCUGGAGAAGAGGCUAGUCGAGACUGCUCCUCAUCAGAAUUCCACCCAGUUGGAGCAACGAUGACUUCCCACGUAAAACUCCGGAAGGAGAGGCUCAGCGUUGUGGACUAUGACACACAAAUCAAAGAGGUGCGUUGUCAGCUUGUAGACCAACUAAAGGUGUUGGACUUGCAGCUUGAACAGAAAAGCCAGCAGCUGCAAGAUCUGGCCGACUACCUGCGGCGGCGGGGUGAGAUUGAAAACGAGUACGCUCGCUCACUAGAAAAACUUGCAGAAAGGUUCACCUCGAGGAUUAAGAGGAAGGAGCCCAGCAGUCACUCAGUGGCCCAGGUCUGGUUGGCUCUGCUGUCACAGACCCGCCAGGAGAGCAGAGACCACAAUGGACUGAGUGAAAGUUGCAGCAACUUCCUGAUUCAGCCCCUCACCUACUGUCUGGAGUACACACAGCGCCUUGCCAAAAAGAGUAAAGACAUCUGUACCCAGCUACAAGAUGGACUGCUAAAGGUUACCACAGAGCUGCAAACUGCUUGGAGGACAUACUACCAAUACCACUCAGACUAUGUGGCUGCAGAGGGGAAGCUGAGGGAGGCAGAGAAACAGGAGGAAAAGCAAAAGCAGAGUGCUGCUAAGAAACUGGAGAGGCUGAUAGAAAAAAGACAAGGAAAGGUUCAAGAGAUACACCUGAAGUGCAGUAAGGCCCGAAACGACUACCUCCUAAACCUAGCAGCCGCCAAUUCCUCCAUGAAUAAAUACUACCUCCAAGACAUUUCUACUCUCAUAGAUUGUGCAGAUGUAGGGUACCACCUGUCUUUGGACCGGGUGAUGCAAGCAUACCUGUCCAAACGCUGGCGGGCCCAGCAGAACCUCAGCACUGGUCUACAGCAGCUCCAGGGGGCCGUGUCUGGACUGGACCAGCGCCAGGACAGGGACACCCUCCUGCAGGACCACUACAACACCUUCUCUAUGCCCCUUCGCUUCCCCUAUCAGCCCCACGAUGGGGACCAGGUUUCUGAAGUCAGUGCAGAGUGUGAGAUGAGAUGCGAGCUCGAGACCAGAUUCAAACAGAUACAAACGAGGCUGAAAGCAGUCACCCAGGAAACGGAGGAGGCCGGUAAGAACAUGUCCUCAGCCCAGUCCAACCUGCUGGAGGGGAUCAGUGAUGAUGAUCUGGAGCUCAGCAGCGGUUCUGGUUCGUCCCACGACGGCAGCACCGAGAAUCUGAACGUGAAGCCCAGCGUGGCACGACGCAGAGCCAGCCUGCAGGAAGUAGAAAACCUCUACUUCACCAAAGUUAAAGAGUACCUCGUUGGCAGCUCCCUGGUGUCUAAACUUCAAGCCAAACACGACCUGCUUAAAGUAGCUGUGGAAAAAGCUGAAGCAUCAAACGGACAUCGGCCCAAACUGACUGGAAAGUCUGUGCGUGUCAGAAGGAAUCACUCAAGUGCCAAUCUGUUGCACAACCACAAGCUUUUCAACGGAGACAUGCUUUCUUUCAUACAGGCGUCAGGACAACAGAUUCCAAUUGUUGUGGAAAGCUGCAUUUGCUUCAUCAACCUCAAUGGCCUCCAUCAUGAGGGGAUAUUUAGAGUGCCGGGGUCUCAGAUGGAAGUCAAUAACCUGAGGGAUGCGUUUGAGCGAGGAGAGGACCCCCUGGCCGAGCGCUGGUACGACCUGGACUCUGUGGCGGGAGUGUUGAAGCUCUACUUCAGAGGGCUGGAGAAUCCACUCUUCCCCAUCGACAGCACCAGUCGGCUCCUGGAGCACGCUCGUGAGUGUUUGCAUGUAAUAUGGUGGCUGUGGCUGAGGAGGUGCAGCAGCUUAUCUUUCCUUCCUCACCUUUUCUCAGAAAUAAAGAAUGAAUCAGAGAGAGCAGCUCAGCUCAAAUCAGUCAUCUCUUCCUACCCUGAGCCUGUCAUCGUCGUCAUGAGAUACCUCUUUGCAUUCCUUCAUCAUGUGUCUCAGUACAGUGAUGAGAACAUGAUGCAGCCCUACAAUCUGGCCGUGUGUUUUGGGCCCAGCCUGGUGAGAGGAGCUCAGGAUGAGGAUGUUGUCACCCUGCAGCCUCAGAUCAACGCCCUGGUGAAGGACAUCAUCCUCCAGCAUGAGAGCAUCUUCCCCGGUCAGGGCGAAGUGCAAGGGCCAGUGUACGAGAAAUGUAUGACACUAGAGCAGGAUGACUGUGAACCCAUUAAUGAGGAAGGAGAUGUUGAAGCAGAGUGCACUCACACCAAAGAUGAUUUGGAAACGGGAUCCUCAGCUGAUAACCGCACAAGAAAUCGUCCUCGAGCGAACAGCAGCGGCUGCAUAGACCAAAGCAGGCUAGCAGCUGGACCAGCAGGGGGAGGCCUCACUGCAGGUGGAAAGUUGAUGCUUCAGAUUCCAGUUGGGCCACAAUGCAAGCCGCGGAGGAUGCACUCUCCUGGUUAUGUGUACAGAGAAAACCAGCAACACUCAUCUUCUGAGGAUAUAGCCGUUCAUAUAGACAAGGAGGUCUGUCGCCAGAUGGACUCGGUCUUCAAGGAGCUUAUUUCGCGUCAAGCACUGCAGGAACCCUCCUCCACCGUCUCCUCAUCCUCUGCCCAGGCUCCCCAAAGGAAAGGGAGGCGGGGUGAUGGACGCAGGGAGAAAUGACCAGGUCUCUUCAAAGCAGCAGAUCCACGGGACUGAGAGAACAGGAGAUGGGAAAAGAGAGAGAGAGAGAGCGGUGAUGUUAAUGAAAACUGAAGUGUGGCUCGAAGGGCUUUGACAGCAGCUUUCAGCACAUCUAUUUCUAGAAAAGUCAGAUCACUGACCCAUAGUCCUCCUCUGAAGUCCCUGUGUUUGGUUCAGGCUUCUCUCCACAUGAUGGCGUCAGACUCAAGAGCUGUUUCAUUCAUGUUUGUACAGUGGAUCCUAUUUGUGACUGCAGGGCUGCAGUACAAUAAGAAACUGAAAUACUUGAAAUGCACCGAGUGGUUUGUGUAAAGCUGCGUGUGCUUGUGCAGCUUUAUUUCUGCAUAGGUGUUGGUGUUACCUUUCAAUUGUUUCCAGUUAAAGCCAGAUUUUAUCAGUGAUUUUUAGUCCACACACACAUUUCUACAAGUUCAAAUGUCUGUCAAACUGAGAUGGAGUCACAAAGUUGAUAAAACUGUGAACUCUGUAGCUGUAAGGAAUUUGUAUAUAAUGAAAUAUUUCUAACUUGUUUCAAACUUUUAUGAUUUGUCUGUAGAUUAUAUAGCAAAUAAAUAAUUUGUCUGUU